GUGGACCUGGGCGUGGACCUGGACGAGCUGCGCUCACUCGCCUGCGACGUGCUCCUGCAGGAGAGCUUCUACCAGAACAAGAAGCGGCCGUUCCUCUACCGCGAGCAGGACCACACGCCCGGGCCCUUCCUCACGCAGCUCGUCUCCUUGCUUGCUGCCUCUCUCUGCCGCCACAACCCGCUGCUGGCUGCCUCCUCCCUCGACUUGAAUCCUGAGGUUAAUUAUUACUGGCAUCGUGGUGAGGAAGUUGUUGUUCAUGGACACCGAAAAGGUACAGUUGAUCCUGUGCGGUUUCAGAUCGAUGAUCACCCACGCCUCCAGAUCCGUGUACCAAAACAGCUUCCAGAGAUUGUACCUCUAGAGACAGAUCUUGGAAGUGUCCCUGUUAUUGAUCACAAACCAUCUAAGCUACCAUUAUUCAAAAAACAAUAUGAAAACAAGGUAUUUAUAGGGUCAAAGGUGGCAGAUCCAUGCUGUUAUGGACACACGCAGUUUCAUCUUUUUCCUGAUAAACUAAAAAGGCAAAGGUUCUUAAAUGUAAAUCUUGAAGAUCAGAUUGAAGUAACUUACCGAGCUAAUGGUAUCGCAAGUCUCUUUGCUUGGACAGCAGCACAAGCAAUGUAUCAAGGAUUUUGGAAUGAAGCAGAUGUGACUCGUCCUUUUGUGUCACAGGCAGUAGUGACUGAUGGAAAAUACUUUGCUUUCUUUUGCUACCAGUUAAAUACUUUAGCAUUAACUGUGGAAACUAGUAGAAAUAACCCUCGGAAGAAUAUCUGCUGGGGUACAGAGAGCAAGCCGUUAUAUGAUGUUGUGGAAGAUGGUGAUGUGAAAGGCUUUAAUGAUGAAAUUUUGCUUCAGUUGGUUCAGUUUCUGCUAAACAGACCAAAAGAGUUAUAAAUCAUAAAGCAAUAUGAUUUUCAUGUUAAUGUGCCUGAACUUCAUUGUAAUUUCAUGAAGUAUGUCUUAGUA